UCUGAUUGAGAGAAGGUCCGUGGGACGUUCCUUUUGCCGGGCUCUCGGUACUAGGCCUUGGCAUUAUGGGUACUUACCCUUUAGUUGGAGUCUUCUUAGAGGCGGAGAGAUCCGGGCUGAGAUGGCCAAUAUGUCAGAACUGAGUGACGAAGCUAGCGAGUCGGAGCUGCUGGACUGCAGCUUGUCCAUGUGGCAUGGGCUGGGUCAGGGUCACCAAGAACUGGAUAUCCCGCUGGAUCUUCACACAGCUGCCUCUAUCGGCCAGCAUGAAGUGGUACAGGCCUGCAUUCAGUGUGGGAGCCUGGACCUGAAUCAGAGGAACUGCGGAGGCUGGACUGCUCUGAUGUAUGCCUCUUACAUCGGCCACAAUGCCAUUGUGCAGAUGCUACUGGAGGCUGGUGCGAACGUGAACAUGCCGACCCCGGAAGGACAGACUCCACUCAUGCUGGCUUCUAGUUGUGGAAAUGAGAGUGUUGCUUACUUGCUUCUUCAGCGAGGCGCCAAGUUGGAGAUGAAGGACAUCCACGGCUGGACUGCCCUCUUUCACUGCACCAGCGCUGGCCAUCAGCAAAUGGUCAAGUUCUUACUGGACAAUGGAGCCAAUGCCAACUGCAGGGAGCCCCUCUGUGGAUACACACCCCUGAUGGAAGCGGCAGCUUCGGGCCAUGAGAUCAUUGUCCAGUAUCUUCUCACUCAUGGUGUGAGAGUGGAUGUGCGAGACAAUACGGGGGCCAUAGCACGGACCUUGGCCAUGCAGUAUGGAUACACCAAGAUUGUCGGGCUGAUCGAUCUGCACAUGGCCCCUGUUCCCAAGGUCCUUUGCAGGGGCCCAGGAAAAUACGAAGAUCUGAGCUCCUCAGACGAAUCCUACUCUACCCCGCAGAGGCAGAGGCCUGUGCGCAAGUCCAAGGGCCCCAGUAUCCAUGAAGGGCCCCAUGCUUUGGCCAAGAUUACGGCACUCAGGAUUGGAGGGAGGAGCCAAUCAUAUUAUGAGCAGGUCCCUCCAGAAGGCUACAUGAUCUUCAAUGAUGAAGGGAGCGGUUCUGAAGGAGGAGAUCUCCGGUACAGAGACGUCACCUCACCCAUCAACGACCAUGACGUGGAAAGCAGCAGCAGCCGAGAAGAGAAUUCUUCCUUCACCAAUAACGUGGGCAUCAUCCAGACCACAACCAGCAGCAGCUGUGAAAGUUUACCCAAAGCCGCUGGGAUUGGCAGCGAAGGCUCAGUGGAGAGCAAUGAGGAUUCUGACCACGCCCCCAAACUCUCCCAGCAGAAGCACGCCAAGAGCUGCGUGAGGACCAAGAACCACAGCGGUGACAGCCGCUGGUCAAACAGGUCCAGGGCCUCCAAUCAGCACUGCAUGCCCCCAAAGCCAGAGGCUCCGUCUUAUACGGGACCCCAGGAUCUCGCCACCUUCUUGGAGCAGAUUGGCUGCCUGAAAUACCUGCAGGUGUUCGAGGAGCAGGACGUCGACCUUCGCAUUUUCCUGACUUUAACCGAGAGUGACUUGAAGGAGAUCGGCAUCACUCUCUUUGGACCGAAGAGGAAGAUGACCUCCGCCAUCGCCCGAUGGCACAGCAGCGCACGACCUCCAAGCGAUGCCCUGGAGCUGGCCUACGCGGAUCGCCUGGAGGCAGAAAUGCAGGAGCUUGCCAUUCAGCUGCACAAGAGGUGCGACGAGGCCGAAGCGCUGAAGGGCCAGGUGUCCCAGGAGCAGGAGCUGCGUGCCGUGGUCGAGAGCUGCCUGAUGGAGCGGGAUGUGGCCUGGAGUGAGGCCCAGACAAAGCUGCGGGAGGUGCAGGUCACAGCCCAAGACGCAGGGGCCCUGCUGGAGCAGCUGCGGGCCUGCCAGACAGAACUGUCCUCUCGGCUGGCUCAAGAACAUGCGGCUGGUCGGCUGUCAGAGAUUAGUGCCCCGGUGGGAGCUGGUGCUGCAGAAUGGCCCUCCACCUUGAAAGUUCUGAGCCUGCCUGAGCUGUCAAAUCUUCUGGUGAAAUGUGUGGGAGAAAUGGGGAAAGCCCUUCAUUCUGUCAACCAAAAUCUCGAGAGACUCCAGAGUCCACAGAAGGGCAAGGCACCCCGGAAGCAACCCUAGCAGCAGACGAAGGGGUUCUGACGUCGGGUGACUCUUCCACCCGGAAGCUGUGUUUACCUGAGAGAGUGAGCUCGAGAGCCGCUUGGCCGCCUGCCUGGAGAGCUGUCAGUACCCGUCCGAGGGCAAGGAGGCAAGUUGUCACACAAGAGGGCUGUCCAGCCUGCUGGAUGAAGCAGGGGAAUGUCAGAGUCACAGCCGUAAGCCAGAAGAGCUGUGAGUGUGCCCCUUCGAAGCCAGAGGCUCUGAGUGGUGAGAAGUUUGGCAUUUCUUAGGAGCCCGAUAACUGCCCAUUUUGGCAUACGUGGGUUCUCGUUUUUCUCUACCCCCUUCACUGUAUGCACCUGCAAGGAACCAUGGGAGCAUGAAGCUGGCGAACUUUCCCUGGUCCCACCCUAUUGGGUUAUGGUUUAAAGCACUAAAGAGGAGGUGGCACAAGAAUGGAAGGAGCACACACAGAGACACUCAGUUCUGUCCUCGACUCUGAAUUAGUUCUUCAGAGUCAUUUGGUGUUUUGAAGUGGUAGGUCUCCUGCAGUGACCACGAGGUCUCUCCUUAUCAACUUGGGACUUCUCCCCCACAACCCCAGCCACUGGUGCCCCCCGUGGUCACAAACCAGAACUACAUCUCUUCCUGCUGACUGGCCUCGGAAUGUCCAUCACAGUCCUCCACAGCACUGGGAACGCUGCCCAUUAUCUGCAGUGAUUUGUUCUGGUUUAACGCAAUCUUGGGAGCUGCAGCAAGUGCAGGGAGGGGGGACAAAGCCUGUGCUUUUGCGAGAGGCAGUCAGUUUGGUUGAUGUGAACUUGCGGGGGUGGGGAUGGGGGUAUUUCUCGCCAGUUCAGUAGCAUCUACCAACCCUGGUGCCUCAGAGAAAAGGGCUUCCAAAGAUCAGAUAGAUACAGUGAAUGGCAAGCCCUGAGGAAUUGAAUGGGCUGUGCCUUUGUCCUCCACAAAGCCAAAAAAGUCUUCCAAAACCCAUAACCUCAACUGUUUUCAGCACACACUUGUGACUAGUUGUGGUGGGUUUUCCUGGCUGUGGGGCUGUGGUCUGGUGGAACUUGUUCCUAACGUU